AUGGACGCAUUCAGCGAAAAGAGACAAAAAAUCAGCUUGAGUGCUAAACCGACUGGAUUCGACACAUUGCGCUCACGGUGGGAGUUGUCUUCAAAAACUGGCACGCCUCUACACCCUGACGCUACAGAGGAUGAGCUGCUGGAAGUGGCUAAACAAAUCUCGAACACAAAAGUCUCGGAAAGAAGAAGCAUUGUGAGCAAGUUUACGUCUAUGCCACAUAUUGCAAUGGACACAUCUUCCUACAAGAAUUAUGCCUCGAUCUACAAGCCCAAUAACGAAAGGUCAUACUCGGCAUAUUACCAUUCAAGGUCCUACUAUGGCUAUAGUUAUGAAGAAGCUCUUGAAAAUGAAAAUGGCUAUGGAGAUGUGUUUGAAGAAGAACAGUUUACUCCCGAAUCUCCGCAGACAACUUCAGAUUCUAUUCAUUCAAACAUCGAGACGUUAUCAAUUUCAGAAAAUGACCCUGCAUUGGCUCAUUCACUAUCGUUUUAUCGAAAACAACGUCAGGGAAAGGAAAAGAAGAAGGCUGAAGUCAUUGUUAUAAAAUCACCGCCCACACCGCCAAAAAAAAUUGAACCAGAACCGGAAGUUGUUGAAUUGCAAGUAGAACGGAACAAACAAAUGGAAAGAGUCAUGGCUCAACUUCGGCAAGCGAUAGCAGUUGAAGAUCAGCAUAUUCAUCAAGCUUCUCGAGCUUUGGUGUAUUGUCGGCAGUCUGGACAGUUCUGUGGAAGCCGUCAGGAAGUCGAAGGUCAACGUGCCCUUCUUGUUGCAACAGAAACCCGGAACGUGUUGACUCUUUCUCUCAAAGAACUUUUGAAGGGAUAUGUGAAUCAUUAUGAUGACUUAAACAUCACUUACUACUUUAUAAUCCUGCUCAAAUGUGGCUCAACUUUACUUCAUACAGCUCUGCUCUCUACUGAAGAUGGAAUUCAAGCGGAUGGCGCUAUUGAAUACAAUCAAUACUUAAAGAUUGAGAACAUUUGUUCGGAUUUUGAUUGUCUUUUAGAAGUUUAUGCUUUGCGCUCGAGCAAACGUUAUGAACAGAAACGAAAAAAAGAGCGGAUCCAUGAAAAGCCUCAACGCGGCUUUUUCAUUUUCUACAAAAUCGCCGAAGACUCCCAAAAAGACACCAUCUGGCAAUCGCAUCCUGGAUUCGAAAUUUCAUUUGGUUGGGAAUCUCUACCUGAACAUGGAAAAUGUGGA